AUGGCAAAGCCAGUGGGCAGGAAAAAAAAGGAAGAGGAGGCAGGUAUGCAAAAGGUCACCCUCAAAGGAGAGAGAGCAGGGGGAAAGGACCAUGUGGCCCGGAAGCCCCAUAAGGAGUUGAGCCUAAGCCCGGAAGAUGAGGCACAUCUGUCUGAUGCCUUUGACACCUCAUUUAAAGAUGACUUUGAGGGGGUUUCUGUGUUUGUUCCUUUUCAGAGGAAAAGGCCUUAUGAGUGCAGUGAAUGCGAAUGGAUCUUUAAGCACAAGACAGAUCACAUUCAUGUCAGAGUUCACACUGGAGAGAAGCCCUUUAAGUGUGACCAAUGUGGGAACUUUAGGCACAGCUUGGAUGUCACCAAACAUCAGAGAAUUCACACUGGUGAGAAGCUCUUUAAGUGCCUGGAGUGCGGGAAGGCCUUUAACUGCAGCUCCACCCUCCUGAAAUACCAGAAAACAUACACUGGAGAGAAGUCUUAUGGAUGCGAGGAGUGUGGGAAAGCCUUUGCCUACAGCUCCUGCCUUAUCUGGCAUUGGAAGUGCCACCCUCAGGAGAAGCAUUGAGCUGGACAGCCUACAGCUAUGGCUCCCUUGGUAAACAUUGAGUGGAGACCUGGGCUUCUUGUGCAUGUGUUGAUGACGUGUCUAGCUGCCUGUCUCGUCACGCGCAAGCCCACAAGAGCCUUUCCAUACAGAGCCUGCACCACGUGAAGCUGCUGUCAUGCUGCCUGAGGCUCACAGGCAUGUGAACUGCCAUCUGUGAGGCAGCUUUGGGACACCAAGAGCACGCAGCAGGAGACACCCCUGUUGGCAAUGGCCAACACCUCCCUCUGCCACCUCUGUCUGCACUGUUCCCUCUGCUCCAGUCCUUUCACCAGCACUUUUGAAAGCUCCAGGCUACAGCUGCACAGCCCCCAGGUCUCCUCAUGCAGUGGGAGGAGUUGCAGACCUCAGCUGGAUGGCACUACUCUGCAGUCAGCUCUAGGGACCCAGGGCCUGUUGGGCAGCACCAGGUCCUACUCAUCGCUAUAUAGCUGGCCUCGGUGACUAUCCUGCAGCUCUGAACCUCCAGUCCCCAAGCUUAGCCUUGUCCUUGUAACUGGGCAACACUGGUGCCCUCAUCCUAGCCACUAUCCUAGACCAGUAGCCUGGACUUACCAGACAUGGGGUCAUCUGGCCCUUAAACUCUGGUACCAUGGAAGGUUCUUGACCUGGCCAUGUCGUGGCCCUUGGGGUUCUGUCAGUGGCUUUCAUCCAUUAGGCAUAGCUGUCACCCUCUCCCACAGUGGCCCACCAUUGAGGUCAGUUCAAGUUCCCUGCCAAGGGAAGUCCAUGUGGCUGUGCCUCCCUCACUCUCUCUUGGGAUGGGUUUACAAGAGGGCAGCCCAGUGACUGCUGGCCAGAAGUAAUAUAGCCAUGUGGGGGAAAAGUUGGCCUCAGCAUUUGGGAACUCUGCCCUAAAAGAAGGAUCCCCAGCCAGAGUCAGAGAUGAACUUAUCAGUCAGGCAGCCUUGGGAGCCCUGACCAGACACAGCGCUGAGCACAUUGCCCUGGAGCUGCUGAGGCCCAGUGUCUCCACUGUCUGCCCAGUACUCAACUGAUCCAGCUGCCAUUCACGUCUGACCCCAGGAGGCCAGCCAGACAGGCUUCACGUGGCGCCACUGCAUCCACACGGGGAAGGAGCCCUGAGAGUGUGGCUAUUGCUGCCGCGCCUUCAGCAUCAGCUCAUACUUCACCCAGCACCUGCGGACCCAUGAUGGUGAGAAGCCCUGCAAGUGGCCAGGCCUUCAGCCAGAGCCCCAACCCAGUGCGCCAUCAGCAACUGCACACGGGGAGAAGCCUGCGAGACCUUCAUCUGGAGCUCGGUGCUGAUUGGGCACGGCGCAUCCAUGCUGGCAAGAAGCUCUUUGAGUGUGCCCACUGC